GGGAAGACGAGGGUCAGCACUGGGGAGAGCGAGGGGGUCGGUGUAGGGAAGACGAGGGUCAGCACUGGGGAGAGCGAGGGGGUCGGUGUAGGGAAGACGAGGGUCAGCACUGGGGAGAGCGAGGGGGUCGGUGUAGGGAAGACGAGGGUCAGCACUGGGGAGAGCGAGGGGGUCGGUGUAGGGAAGACGAGGGUCAGCACUGGGGAGAGCGAGAGGGGUCGGUGUAGGGAAGACGAGGGUCAGCACUGGGGAGAGCGAGGGGGUCGGUGUAGGGAAGACGAGGGUCAGUCCCACUGGGGGAGA